AUGCAGCCCUCACCACGUCCCUCCCCGCGCCUCUCACCGCGCAUCAGCAUCCCCAAGCUGCCCAUCGGCGGCGGGCUGCGCUCGAAGACGCUCGACGAGAAGCGCAGGGCGUUCCAGGAGCGCCGCCGGAAGGCCGCCGCCGAGCGCGCCGCCCAGGCAGCGCGCGCGCGCGCCGCCGCCGCCGCAUCCGACGACGGCGGCCUGAGCCAGCAGCACCAGGAGGUGCUGAUGAAGCUCAUGGAGGAAUUCCCAAAUGAAACGCCGGAGGAGCUGAGCGCGCGCUUCGCGGAGAUGAUGCGGACCGGCGGCGUGGCGCCGCCGCCGUCGAUGGUGCCCGUCGACCCGCAGCGCCAGCAGCGCGUCCUCGAGGAGCUGCUCCAGCAGUACCCCGACAAGCCCCUCGAGGAACUGGCGAUGAUGGCGACGGAGCGCCUCGAGGGCAAGGCCCCGGCGACACCCGCAAUGCCUGGAAUGCCCGCGAUGAUGCCCGGGACGCCGGGGACUCCAGGAAUGGGCGCGCCGAUGGGAAUGCCAGGAAUGCCGUUCAUGGGGAUGGGUCUCCCCGGCAUGCCGUUCCCCGGAGCCGCGACGCCGGGCGCGCCCUGGGACGACGCCCAGCCGCAACCCACGAAAAAGGCGCCGGCCGAGACGCCGGAGCAGGCGCAGAAACGAGCGCGCGCGCGCGCGCGGCGGGCGAACCCGGACGCGACCGAGGCCGAGCUCGACGUGCUCGCCUUGGACCACGUGCCCCAAGCGCGGAGCGCCAAGCGGCCGCCCGCGCAGCGGACCAUGACGCCCGCGGAGAACUAUCGGAGGGCCGUGGCGGACGUCAAGCGCGAGCGACCGGGUUUAGGGGAUCCCGAGGCCGUCGGCCGCGCGGCGUUGAGCAAAUUGCAGUCGCCGCGGGCGGCGGACCGGAAGACCGAGGCGGCGCUGGAGGCGCUGCGGGCCCUGCCGCCCGCGAAGCGCCAGCAGAAGAUCUUGCUGGACUUGCUGGAGGAGUUCCCGGACCGGCCCUUGGAAGAACUCGCCGCGGAGGCGGCCGCGCGGCUCGACGCCGUCGCGCGGCCCCCAGGCGCGGAGCCGGGCGUCGACGCCGAUUUAAUAAAAGAGCUCGCGCGGCGCCACCCCGACAAGUCGCCGGCCGAGGUCGCCGCCGUCGCGACGCGCAUCGCCGCCGAGCGCGCGACGCGGGACCGUACGGCCGGUAGUAAUGCUGCGGCCGCGUCCGUACCGAAGAAGAAGACUUCGGGCGGUCUGGAGACGAUCGAGGAGUCACCUAAUGAAAAAAAGAAGCCGCCGCCCGUCGAUAAAGCUGCCCUCGAGGCCUUCGCGAAGAUGCAGAGCGGCGGCAAGGCCCCGGGCAUUGAUGAAGUGAGGGAGCUCGUGUGCCGCACUUUGCGGGACGACCCCUUCGCGGAUCCCGAUAAAAAGGACCCGGGGCUUCUGAGUGACAUGGCGAAGCUCGGCGAGGCCGGCGUCGCGCGCGUCGAGGCGCGCGAGAAGGCUUUGGCCGAGGCGUCGGAGCGACGGAAGGCGACGCGCGACGCGCUGUCGCAGGCCCAGGUCGUCGAGAACAAGAUGAUGGCGCGCGUUUUGAGGGGGUCAAGCCAGGACGUCCAAUUGCUCGUGCGGCACCCGGGCCUCUGGGAGCGCUGGCUCGGGAAGCUCCGGAAGCGCGGCUUCUUCGACGGCGUCGACGAGGGGUCGCCGGAGUUCGACGAGCGCGUCCGGAAGGCGUUGCGGGCGUUUGCGCGGAGUCCCGGCGUGCGGGAGUUCGACUCUGGAUAAGUUAUGUAG